CGCAAACGCCACGAAUACCGGCCACUAUGGAACCAGGAAAGAACCCCUUCGGCUCUUCACACUCACUCGACGCCAAUCCCUUCGACGACCCCUUCUCUGAACCGCCACCUUCCGUGCCAUACGGACAAUCUUCUGCCGAUGCUGCUCGCAUGCAACAACUUAGCGAACGGGAGAGAGACCUGGAACGAAGGGAACAAGAACUUAACCAAAAGGCGGAGAAUAUCAGGAGGAAUGGGAGGAACAACUGGCCACCUUUCUUCCCGCUCCUUUUUCACUCCAUAGCAGACGAAAUUCCUGAAGCCUCAAAACCUCUGAUAACCCGAUUGUACCAGCUAUGGCUCGUCCUUGCCCUCACGCUGAUCAUCAAUAUGGUCGCUUGCAUAUUCGUCCUUACUGCAGGUUCUUCCAACGGAGGCAAGGACCUCGGCGCUAGUAUUGGCUACAUCCCAGUGAUUGGUGUCCUCUCGUUCCUGCUUUGGUACAGGCCGAUCUACAAUGGCUACAUGAAGGAGCAAUCGCUCUAUUACUACAUCUACUUCUUUUUCGGUGGCUUCCAUCUGCUAUUCUCCAUUUACAUGAUUCUUGGAAUUCCAAGUACUGGAUCUGCAGGCUUGAUCCAGACUAUACAGAUGUUUGUCAAGCCAGCUAUCGCUGCUGGCAUUUUGGGUACAAUCGCGACGGUAGGCUGGGUAAUACAAGGAGCCGGGUUGGCGUAUCUCUACUGGAGGAUUUGGCAACAUCAUACGGCCGCCGGUCAUACUGUGGACAAAGCCAAGUCGGAAUUCGCGAUGCACGGUGCGAAGGCGUAUUUCACGAGGGGUUAGGGUUAUAUCGACGUGUUUCGCGCUGUUUGAAUUUCUGUUGCUUCGAGGACUCUUUUGGAUAAUUAGCCCUGUUGUUUGUGCUGUGUAACCUGAAUGUGUUGGACAAUGAGAUUACUAUUGUUUGU